GGCAUAUGUAUAGUAACAAAACUGAUCGCCGAACAAAGAACAAUAGGUUAGUAUCAAGGUAACAAUAAUAUAAUGCAUAAAAAUUAUUGAUUUUCACUUAUCGAACUUGCGCAAAGUUCCUUCACUUGUCAAUUUUCUAGAUUUGUAUCGAAAAUACCGUCAACGAGAACAAACACAUCACGAUAUGCGGUCCAAGCCUAACUAAAAUUUCAUAAAAGUCAGAGUUUCGUUUUGAUAGUAGGGCAACACUGCGCUUCCUGGGUACUUUUUGUGCAAUUCGGAACAAAAAUUCAAAAAAUUAUUUGUACAACGAGAACAUGCUAACAGUAAAUAGAUUGAAAAUGGCGUCGUUUUGCCGAUCAAAUAAAAUAUUUUAAUCUUUUCAUCAAAAAUUCUUCUGAUCAUAUGUUUUCGACUAUUUCUCUCUCAAUUAAGUUUUAUAUUAUUCGGAACAUAAUAUUUAAACGGCGUCAGUGUUUAAGUGGCUUAAUUCAGUUGUUAAUUGUAAAAAGUAGUGGAAAAAUGUGUUGUAUUUUGUGUUGAGUGUUUUAAAUCACGUUUACAUGAAUUUAUCUUGGAUCUCGAGGGCGAGAUGUUAUCGACGGUGGAGGAGAGCCGGGGCUACGACUUCCAGGACCCGGAGAACGCCAAGAAAUGGCGCGGGCUCUUCGUUGGCUCACUCCGAAAGGUGCUGGAGCAGGUGCAUCCGUCACUGACCGCCGAGGAGAGUGCCCUGGAGUUCGUGGAGUCCCUCUGUCUGAGACUCCUCGCUACGCUCUGCGCUCACCCUUCACCGCUCUGCGUACAGGACGUAGAGGAGCGUGUGGCGCGCACCUUCCCCACGCCCAUAGACAAGUGGGCGCUCUGCGACGCUCGCGACGCCGCCGCCAGCGCCACCAAGCGGCGGAAGUUGUUACUACCGCAGGACCGCUUGCAUCAGAUGCUGCAGAAGGAGGUGCUAAUGUACAAGAUCGACACGUCCGUGUCCGUGUUCAUGACGGCCAUAUUGGAAUACGUGAGCACGGACAUAUUGCGGCUGGCGGGGCAUUUCGUGAAAAAGAUAUCGGCCAAGUCCGGUUACGAGACUAUCACUAGCGGCGAUAUAAAGACGGCCAUGUGUGCGGAUAAGGUCCUCCUGGACAUGUUCUACCAGGAGUCGCUAGCGGGUGCGGUGACCGCGGACCGGCGCGGCGGCCGGCGCGGCUCGCUAUCGUACGCGGAGCUCGCGCGGGACCUGCUCGCCGACGAGAAACACUUCCUCAGGGACCUGCACCUCAUCAUACGCGUGUUCAAGGACGAGCUCGAGAAGAUACUGGACAAGGACACGAGGGUGAGGCACACGACAACAACACGACUGUCGCUAUCGUACGCGGAGCUGGCGCGCGACCUGCUCGCCGACGAGAAACACUUCCUGCGCGACCUGCACCUCAUCAUACGCGUGUUCAAGGACGAGCUCGAGAAGAUACUGGACAAGGACACGAGGACGAUCUCUCUAAUUUUCGGCAACAUUGUGGACAUAUACGAGCUAACGGUGACAUUACUGGGCAACCUAGAAGACGCCAUGGAAAUGUCGCAAGAUUCACCCACGCCGUACAUAGGCAGCUGUUUCGAGGGUAAGACAGACAGACAGACACUUUUGGGCAACCUGGAGCACGCAAUGGAAAUGUCGCAAGAUUCACCCACGCCGUACAUAGGCAGCUGUUUCGAGGGUAAGACAGACAGACAGACACUUUUGGGCAACCUGGAGCACGCCAUGGAAAUGUCGCAAGAUUCACCCACGCCGUACAUAGGCAGCUGUUUCGAGGAUUCACCCACGCCGUACAUAGGCAGCUGUUUCGAGGGUAAGACAGACAGACAGACACUUUUGGGCAACCUGGAGGACGCCAUGGAAAUGUCGCAAGAUUCACCCACGCCGUACAUAGGCAGCUGUUUCGAGGGUAAGACAGACAGACAGACACUUUUGGGCAACCUGGAGGACGCCAUGGAAAUGUCGCAAGAUUCACCCACGCCGUACAUAGGCAGCUGUUUCGAAGAAUUAGCCGAAGUGGAGGAAUUCAGAGCUUACGUAAGAUACGCCAAUAUCGUCACGAGGAAAGAAUCGAGGGACGCGCUGCAGAAUAUUGUCGCUGAGCCCGCUUUCUCGGAGCGGCUGGACACCGCCGGGCACGGGUUCCGUCUCGCCGUCAAGUACUACCUCCCGAAACUGCUGCUGGCCCCGGUGGCACACGUCUUCCUGUACCACAGCUACGUGCUGGCCAUGCUGCAAGUGGCGCCCGCUACCGACGACAGGGAGAGCUUUAAACAGGUCGAAUGUAACCUUCAUCCUAUAAAAAAAUUACUCAUGAAAGCGCUAGGAAACGGACCGAAAAUUGACAUGGCACUUCGAAUGGCGGCGAGAGCGCGACGGCAAUUAGCAAUAGAGAAAUGUAACGAAUUGGCCAGGCUAGUGGACAACUGGGACAAAAGCGAAACGGGACAGUGCUGCAACGAAUUUAUCAGAGAGGACACAUUAUCAAAAAUCGGUCCUGGCAAACGGAUAGCUGAAAGAAGAGCGUACCUUUUUGAUGGCCUAUUACUUCUGUGCAAGCCAAUCACUAGUAUAGUGGGCGUGGCGGGCGCGGGCGCGGGCGGCGCGGGGGGCGUGCAGCAGCUCAAGCUCAAGGAGAAGCUGCACGUGCGGAAACUGGAACUUGUCGACCGACCCGACAGCGACGAAGCGAAGCACUGCUUGGAGCUGUUGCCGCGCGCGGGUCCGCCCGUCAUCCUAGCAUGCGCCUCCUGUCAGGAGAAGCGGAACUGGAUGUGCGACCUAGUCAUGCUCAACACCAAGCCCAUGCUAGACCGCUCUCUAGACAGCAUACUCCUAGACCUAGAAAAACGUCACCCCCUUAAACUACCCCCACCGGAACUAUACAGGUUCGCCGUCCCGGACUCGUCUGACAACAUCCGGUUAGAAGAGAGACAGGGGAACGCGCCCGCCCCUUUAAUAAAGGGCGCAACUCUUCUUAAACUAGUAGAACGGCUAACGUACCACAUUUACGCGGAUUUAAACCUCGUACGGACGUUCCUGACGACGUACAGGUCGUUCUGUUUACCCUCGGAGUUGCUGGGGCUGCUCAUCGAGAGGUUCCACAUACCGGACCCGAGCGAGGUCUACGAGACACACAUACCAGUCGUAAGGAUACGGACGCCAAAUCAACACAGGACCAUUCAGCCGGCCACAUCGCUCGAUAGCAUUAUGGAAAGCAUAGAGAGCGUAGCGAGUGACGCGGAAAAACUUAGCAAAAACACGGCCCGGGAAGACUGGAAGAGGUAUAGGAAAGAAUUCCAACAGCCCGUCAAAUUCAGAGUAAUAAACGUGCUACGGCACUGGGUGGAUCAGCAUUUCUACGACUUUGAGCGCGAGCCGCCGCUCCUAGAGAGGCUCAGGGCCUUCCUGGAGUCUGUAGACGGGCGGCCCAUGAGGAAGUGGGUUCAGAGCGUGCUCAAGACCGUGCAGAGAAAGAGCGAAAAAUCAGAAUCCGACGCUGGCGUGUCCCACGUGUUCUCAAAACCCCCACCCCGGGUCAUUAGUCACGUGGCCAACCCCGAACUGCACAACUGGCAUCCCCUGGCGUUGCAUCCCUUGGAACUGGCCAGACAACUAACCCUUAGGGAGUUCCAGCUAUAUAGACAGGUAAAACCUUCGGAGCUAGUCGGCGCGGUGUGGACGAAGAAAGACAAGGAAAAGACGAGUCCAAAUCUAUUGAAAAUUAUCAAACAUACAACAAAUUUCACACGCUGGAUGGAGAAAUGGAUAGUCGAGAGCGAGAACCUAGAAGAGCGAGUUGGCGUUGUCUGUCGGUUUCUAGAACUGGGUUGUGCUUUGCGGGACCUCAACAACUUUAACGGAGUCCUAUGUGUGGCCGCGGCCGCCGGCUCCGCGUCCGUGCACCGGCUCAGGGCCACGUUCCAGAUGGUCCCGCCCCGGUUACUCAGGCACCUGGAAGAGUUCCGGGAACUGAACUCGGACCACUUCCGGCGGUACCAGGAGAGGUUGAGAAGCAUCAAUCCACCGUGCGUCCCUUUCUUCGGCAUGUACCUCACGAACAUACUGCACAUUGAAGAGGGGAACAGAGAUUUCCUUCCCGACUCGGACAACAAACUAAUAAACUUCUCGAAACGAAGAAAAGUUGCUGAAAUAACUGGAGAGAUCCAGCAAUACCAGAACCAGCCAUAUUGUCUCACGGUUGAACCUAAAACACGGGCAUUCCUAGAAGCACUAGACCCGUUCCCAGGUCUAGAUGAGAACGAAGUCACGAACUACCUCUACGCGAAGAGCUUGGAGAUAGAACCUAGGCCGCCUGUCAAACAGAUGCCUAAGUUUCCCCGUAAAUACCCGGAGUUGUCGCUGAAGCCCGUGAAGGUGUCGCGGCGGCAGCACGCGCCGCGCGACAGCGACGCGCACAACAACAACGACGACACGCUCAGCGUGUCGCAGCUGUCGCCGACGAGUAGCGUGAGCGCGUGGGACGGCGCGUCCGUGUCGUCUCUCUCGCUCUCCGAACACAGAGGGUCGCGUUGGGAUGACGGUAGAAACUCCCUGGUGUCGCCGAGACUAGAACGUUCUGCGAGCAAUACGUUCAGUCAACUGAGCCUGUUUGACAAAGGACUAGCUCUGUUUGACAAGGCCAAGAGCAGUAGUCGGUGCGAAGAGCCGCCCUCACCGCGAGCGAUAGAACGACACUCGCCCAGACACGAAAGGACGCCGCUGCAGCCGCCAGGCUCGGGCUCGGAGCGCAAGCCUGCGCUAUCGCCGCGCGGGCCGCUCGCCGACGCCGCGCCCAUAUACCACCCCGACCUGAUGCUGGAGCGGGUGCCGCCAUUGUUGCCUCGCAACAGUACAACCAGCAACACGCACACGUCACACUCGCCGAAGACCAAACCGGAGGCGCAUACACCGGCGCCGGAGCCCGAGCGGCGCCCGCCGCCUUCCCCGCUGCCCGCCCGGGACCGCGCCAGACUGCCGGGCAUGUCGCCGAAGCGGUCGCCCGCGCCGGCGCCGCCGUCGCCGCCUGCCUCCGCCUUCAGCUUCCCCUCCCCCGCGCCCGCGCCCGCCCCCGCCACGCCCACGCACGAGCCCGUCUCGGGGGGAGGGUCUGCGUCGGCGGCGGGCGUGUGCGGCACGCCGCCGCCGCUGCCCCCGCGCCGCCCGCGCGACCAAGCGCAGCUGCCCACACCUUUAUUACAGCCAUCCUCGUCGAUACCGAGCACGACCCCGCCGGCGCCGUCCCCAGGCGGCGGGGGCUCCGCCGGCGCGCGCACCCCCUCGGCGGCGCCCCCGCCCCUGCCGCCGCGCCCCGCCCCCGCGCCCGCGCUGCUGCGCCCCGCGCACUCCGCCAUACUGCAGCGGAGACACAACACGUGA